CAUUCGUUUCCACUUGUCGCUCAUUUCAAAUCACAUUCGUUUUAAGAAAACUUCUUGCCAUCAUGAGAUCUACAAACUUUGGAGCCGUUCUCGUUCUCGGCGCCUUGGGUUUGGCCAACGCCUAUCUUGUGGACCCACCGACAACAGCGGCGGCAGAUACUGUAUCAGACUGCAGCGGCUGGGUAGUCACUAUAUCCAGCGAUACUUGCUCAUCUCUCGCGACGGAUAAUUAUAUCAGCGAAGAUCAAUUGAAGACAUACAAUCCGUCGAUCGGCACGGAAUGUAAGCUUGUCGUUGGGAACUCCUACUGCAUCGAACAGAACUGGGGAGUACCACCGCCGCCGAAGCCUACUCCAUCAUCGACGGUGGCUCCUUCGCCGACCAAUGGCGUUGCGACUCCAUCUCCAAUCCAGUCUGGCAUGACCACCAACUGUAAUAAGUUCCAUCUUGUUGUGAGUGGUGAUGGGUGCUAUGAUUUGGCGUCCACCUACUCCAUCUCUCUGGAUGACUUCUACGCUUGGAACCCUGCAGUCGGCAGUGAGUGCACAAGCCUCUGGACCAAGACCUACGUCUGUGUUGGCUUGAUCGGUAGCACACCCACGCCGAAGCCCACCGUCACUCCUGCUCCGUCCACGACGAUGAAGCCAUCGAGCACUGUCAAGACGUCUACUGGCAACGGAGUCGCAACGCCGACGCCCGUACAGCCAAGCAUGGUUCCAAACUGCAACGGCUUUUACCUCGUCAAGGCUGGAGAUGGAUGCUAUGAUAUCGCUGCAGCAGCAAAAGUCCCUCUUGACUCAUUCUACCAGUGGAAUCCCUACGUUGGGACCGACUGCUCGAAGCUAUGGUCUGGUUACAAUGUCUGCAUCCGCACAAUUGGAUUCACUGCACCGGCCUCCUCAACGUUCAAGACCUCUACUGUCCCAACCACAACGAAGCCAGCUUCCAACACACCGACUCCGGUACAGCAAGGCAUGGUGACGGGCUGCAAGAAGUUCUACAAGGUCGUGGCUGGAGACGGUUGCUGGGACAUCGCUAAUAACAACAAAAUUGCUUUGGAUGACUUUUACAAGUGGAACCCAACCGUGAAGACGGAUUGUUCCGGCUUGUGGGCACAAUACUACGUUUGUAUUGGUAUCUAGUGGGCAGAUGAUCUGCCCGCACCUCUGACAGGUGAUUAUCCCGGCCUGGGAACUUGGCUGUAUACUUUUCUUUGUGAGAUUAUGCUUUUGUAAAC